AUAAAUAAAUCAAAUUUAAAAAUAGAUAAUAAUAAACAGAUAAAAGGCUCACGGAGAAGCUGGGCAGCAAACAGAGUCUCUCUUUGCUUUCGUUGAUUCUAUGAGAGCACAAGCACCCAAGGCCUUAGGUUUCGAUAGACACAGAGAGACAGUUCUCUGAACCCUUAUACUACUUUCGCAUUCAAUUGAAGAUGUCGAGCUCGGCGGGGUUUGCAGAUUUUUCCGGGCAGAGGCAGGCGAGGGCGCCGGAGAAGCCCAGCUUCUCGCAGAAGUGUAGCCUGCUGAGUCAGUACCUGAAGGAGAAGGGGUCCUUUGGCGAUCUCAGCCUCGGGAUGACAUGCAACAUCGAAGGAAACGCAGCUACACCUGAGAUGUACCGUCAGACAGCACCGACGAUGAAUUUGUUUCCGAUCAAUGAGAAAUUGUGUGAUGCUUCCGGCCGAACCGAGGUGGCGUGUCGGUACCUUAAACCCGUCGAUUUGUUCCCUCAACCAGCUGGGUUUUCUACCUCGUUUCCUAAGGAAGAGAUCCCACAGAUUGCUGCUGACUCUAGCAGAGUGAAGAGUUGUGCCACAGCAGAGCCUGAAAGAGCCCAGAUGACAAUAUUCUAUGCUGGGCAAGUAAUCGUGUUCAACGAAUUUCCGGCUGACAAGGCAAAGGAAGUCAUGCUCUUAGCAAGCAAGGGAACCUCCCAGAGCCUCACCACCAACCAGCAGGCCUUUGCUUCUAACUUGGCCAAGACCUCGGUCGAUUCCACCAGUUCAGUCGUGACCGGCUCUAGCGCUGUUCCUCCCAAUCUCGGUAAUAAAGAGAUUCAGGAGCACGUUCAACCGCCUCCUCAACCCCUUGCUUGUGAGUUACCAAUUGCAAGGAGAGCUUCACUCCACCGGUUCUUGGAGAAGAGGAAAGAUAGGGUCACUGCAAGGGCACCAUACCAAACAGGCAACCCAGCGGAAGCCUCCACAAAACCAGUUGAAAGCAAGUCAUGGCUCGGCCUGGCUGCUCAGUCACCAAAGUAGUUAAACCAUAUUCAUUUUUGGGCAUUAUAAUUCAAGCCUGCUGUCCUUUUUUUCUAGUAGGUUUUAUACCUGCUAAUGCUGUUUAGUUGUUUAGCUUCCUUUGUUAUGUUUCCAUCGUAACUUCGGCUCUAGUGAGCCUGCCUUAGAUCUAACUAUUGAUGAUGAAUCUUAGUUGCUGUAAUUAAAUUUGAUGUGAUCAUCUCGAUAACUGAUAAUUUUGAAUGAAUGGAGUAAUUUAUUAUA